AUGUCAGUCAAGCUUUCAAAGAGGCUGAGCAGCAAAAAGAAAAAACCUCCAAAGGACAAUGCCCAGUCAGAGGUUCUAUCUAAACUGGGUCUGGAGUCCUUCUGGACUACACCACUGGACCCAGCAUCUAUGUUGGACAUCAGCACCUGGGCUCUGAACAACCAAGCCCCUCUUGAACCCAAGGACCUACCCAAUGCUUUCCUCCAACGCCUUUGGCUGCUUAGACCAGAUGCUCGGAGUCCUUCCUGCAAACUUCCAUCAGAGGCUCUAGACAAUACUGACAAAUCAGCUGAGGAUAUCAAUGGUUUUGGAGGAGACAGCCAAUGUAGCGUCAAUCCCCUUGAUCUAGUUGCAGCUGUCUUUAUGUCUUCCAACACUUUCCUUCAACAAGAGAUGGCAGCACGCAUGAUGCAGUGCCAGUUUGCUGUGCCCCUGGUACUUCCAAACAUAGAUCCAGAAAAACCGAGCCGCUUCCUCCUUUGGCCUUUGAGAAGUGUUGUGAGCCAAUGGACAUCUCACUUUCCAGGUGCAAACAGGAAAGUCCAAGAGGGGUUUCUGGCAAGCACAUGCAUGCCAGUGGUUUCUUGUGUGAAGUUUGGUCAUUGUGGUGUCUCCAAGUCUCAGGUUCUAAACAAUGUAAUAAGUGGACUCAGAUCUCGUAGUGAAACAUUUCUCCACAGAGGGAUGGAUGGAACACAAUUGCCCCGGAGACUCUCUAAUGGCCUGGUAGAGAUUGGAUGGUAUCUCCCCACUGGAGACACAGACAGAGACAUAUUCACUGUCCCUCUGGCCAUAUGUAACCUACGUGGAGAUGCUAGUGCGCAUGAGAAAAGCCUCAUUCUUCUAUGUCAAGCAUCUUCAGCUAUGGUUAUUUUCUGUGGCAAUCUUAGGGAGAAAGAAAAACAACUUCUUGCUUCCUGCAAAGAUAUGGCAAACAAAGUCAUACUGAUUGACAUCUCUGACAAAGAGAAAGAUGAGAACAGAGUUGUGGGGUUCGUUGAUGAGAACCUUGAACAGGACAUUGGGCUUCCAGAAGGAUCAGUCCUGCCAGGACAAGACCUGAAUGAAGAGGAACUGGCUGAUAGGCUGUCUGACACCCUAAAAUAUUUGUUACCAAGCAAACUGAAAUGUGUUACAAUUGAAGCAGCAGAAAAAUUAGCAGCGGAGCUAGGGCUUAAUGUGGAUGAAGAGGUGGUGUGUAAAAAGGCAAUGGCCACAGUGGAGGAAGUGUUGAAAGGUUUGGAUGAGGGACCUGCUCUGUUUAGGCAGAAACAGCUGCCUUUGCAGGGUGAUUUAUGGAAAAAACUGGCAGAAAUAGAGAAAGAGGAAAGUAAAGCGAGAAAAGAAGGAAAAGAAAUUGACCCCCAACUGCAAAAAGAAAAGAAAAACAUCUCAGUGGAGUUGAGCAGCUACAAAAUGACCCCAGUGAUGAAAAUAUUCACAGAUGCCCUUUUCACAACAGAUAUAGUGGAGAGGACUUAUUUCCUAAGCUGGAUGAAACUAAGGCUUCAGAUGUUGCAAAUGGAAAAACAAAACAGUCCACAAGAUCUAACUACAAAUCAGCAGAUCAAAGAGAAUGAUGGCAUGUCUGAACAAUCAGAGGAGCUUGAAAAUGGAGUCCACGACCACUCAGAGUUCAGUGAUAGUUUCUGCACAGAUACAUCAUUUGAAGAGGAAGACAUUGCAGACCAACCUGUAUCCAUGUGUUCAGAGCCUUCUGAACUCAAUCCAUCCUUGCUAGGGCUUGAACAUUUUUUGCGUGAGAUGGGGCUCAUUUUCGAACUCACACAUAUCACCCCUGGGAGUGGGAGCCACAAUGUCCUGCGCCUCCCCAGUUUGGCUGCAGACCUGAUUCUCUAUGGGAUUCCACUUGAACUAAUGGAUGGAGAUGCCUCUAACAUCCCCAUCCGCUGGCUGAGCUGUGUCUUAGCAGAGCUCACACGCCGCCUUCCUCAACAACAGUUCAGGACCCGCAUACUGACAAGCCUUGGAGGGCCUCAUGGAAGGAAUGCUGAGGUUUUUUCUGCAUUAUUUGGGGUGAAAUUUCCUGAUAGAAGAAGAUCCGCCAGAGGGGUGUACAUGGUCAUCCUCUGCCUACCUGAUAACCUCAGAAAGGACAUGGAGUGUGAUUUUCUGUUGUUAAUUGACGUAGAAGGUCUCUGCUCAAUGCCUCUAAAUGGCAACAGAAAUACGCAGAUCUGUGACAAUGAGAUGGCCACUGUAGCGGUAGGCCUUAGUGAUGUUUUAUUGCAAAACAUCUCUUCACAUGCAGGUUCUGAGUUUGAGACUAACUUCACUGUCGUAGUCAAUGCUCUACUGCGCAUCAAAGAAUGUGGCUUAAUGCCCGCUUUCCAUGUUUUGGUUCAGGAUGAAGGAAUAAACAGCAUAUUACAAGCCUCACAGUUAAGACGUGUAACUGACAUGCUUCAAACUGAGACUGGGGACAGAGGAAGUAGCAAUACUGAUAACCAUAGCGCAAAGACCACAAGCUGUACCACCACUGUCAAGGGGCCUUGGUACAAUACGUCCCUCACUGAACCAGUUGAUGCACAGUAUAGUGAGGCUCUGUUGAAGCUUAAGCAAAACCUGUUUGGGGCAUUGAAGACAUGUGCAGCAAAAUCUGAAGCCGCAGGUCUGCCUGAAUUUAUGGGACGUCUGUGUUCUGUUUGGGAUGCAGUGAAAGCAAAGUCAUUCUGCGUUGGUCUGCAAAAUACUGACAUAGCCUUAGCAUUCUCCAUGUUGUGCACAGAGCUUUCCCUGUGCAAGGAUGCAUUUCUGGGACACAUGGAAAGCUGGCUUAUGGGGGCAACAAAGAAAAUCUCUGACACAAAAGCAAAAGCUUUAGAUGCUACGAUCAAAAAUGAUCUUCUGAGCAAGUUAAAGGAUGAAGCCAGAGAAGAGGUCAAAACCGAGGUGGAUAAACUCAGGUCAAAAGUAGAGACCAAUUUCAUGAAUGAUGACCAUCUCAAAAUGUACAUUGAAAAAUUCAAGCCAAUCCUAAUGAGCAAUAUGGAUGACCUCCAGGGGCAAGUAACUGAAGAGAUAAUACAAAGGUCAGAGACAGUCACUGAGAACCACUGUUCUUCCACACAGCUGGAAAAAUUUGAGGCCUUGCUGGAAAAAGUGCAGGAGUCUAAGCUACAUGCACUAGUAGAGAACAACAAGUCAACCAAACCUCUCCUUCAAGAUAAAGAACUGGAAGAUGAAUUUGAGGAAGUGUGGAAUAACACACUAUCCAACUUUGACUUUAGGCCUUCGGAAACAGAUGACAUUACUGAAAGGGUGACAUGUAUUCUGAAACAGAAUCUCGUCAGUCGUGGUCUCAAGAAACACAUGAAUAAGCUUGAAGUCGCUGGCCAAAAUCAGCCAACUAGCUUCCAAGUUUAUGAUGAGCACUUUGGAUACCGCAGCAGAUUAAAGCACAUGUUUGAAUACAACAACAGACUACAGAGGGUAGAAGCUCAACAACUGGCAUGCAAUGUCAUAGAGGAAUACAAUCAGUUUGUAGCAGAUAAAUCAAGUUCACCAGCAGAUUUCUCAGACAGUUACAUUACAGAAAUAUUACAAAAUGUUGACAAAGCUUUAAAUGAAAAAUCUAUGGAAAUCAGAACAGCUUUUGAAGUGGAUCUGAAAGUUUAUCUCUGUAGUGCUGCUUGCCGAGACUUCCAAGAACAACACGACCGCUAUGCCAAGGAUAGAGACUUUUUGACAUGUAUCAAAACAACCAAGGGUAAAUACUUGGCAGAGUUUAUUUACCAGUUGAGGAAGAGAGACCAGUGCCAGAGGGUGGCCCAGGCAUUCACUUCCAUGGUCAUCAAACCUACAGUGUUGGACUACAUCUAUCGACCACUGGGGAUGCGCAUCAUGGAGGAGACAAAAAGUAAAGCCCUGCAGUAUCUGUCCCGACAGGCCUUUCACAAAAGCUUACUGGAAGAGCUGGUAAAGGAGGACAGGUUUGAAAGCUUCAUGGAGUACUUGCAUUCCUAUGACAGCUACAGGCUGAGGAAGAUCCAGGAGACAGUGGUGGCUCACCUGUCUGAAUCCAACAGCCUGGAAAAAUGGAGGCAACACAGACUUGGAGAAAUUGUGGGAAAAAUUGCAGCAGCAGUGAGCCAAACAGCAGAAGGCACCAAUGGCGUGCUGAGUGAUACAAAGCCCCUGCUGGAGCGAGUGUGCCUCACUCUGGAGAGAGAUGGAGAUGUAGAUGUCAACAGGGCCUGUCUGAAUGGACCACUCUUCAGUAUCACCACAGAAUGGGAUCGCUUCAUCACAUGUUUAAUGGAGUUACUGGCUGCAAUGCGCUUGGACCUAGCCCAGGAGUUCUCCCAAAAUGUGGAUAUUAACCAACUACUUCAGUGCCUUCCCAUUCAACCCCAAGACACAAUUUUCAACAGAGUGAGAGGAUGUGACAAGCAAUGUCCUUUUUGCAAAGCCCCCUGUGAGGUGGAACAGAUGGAGCAUGAGGCUCAUAGGGCUAUGCUCCACCGGCCCAAGGGUCUGUUUCGUUGUAAAUCUUCUUUGUCCUGUAUCAGCUACAUUGAAAGCUUGACCCAAGCCAAUCCGCCCAAGAACAUGGACACAGAGGAGAUAUCUGUGGCAUGUAGCGACCUCCAUGCCCUUGAACCAAACUGGAGCAUCUCCCCUGAAGACCCAAGCAGUGAAACACCCAUUGCUUACUGGAGGUAUGUGUUGGCGCGGUUCAAUGAAAAGUUUGCAAAGGAAUAUGAGCAGGAGCCAGCAAAGAUUCCUGAGGAGUGGAAGAGGAUCACUAAGGAGGAGGCCAUCGACAGUCUGAAAGAGGCCUUCCUCACUUGA